AUGGAAAUGCCUCCCCCUUCCCCUCAAGGCUCUCCUCUCCAAGUCACACCCCUUGUAAUGCAAGCCCUUAAUCCUGAUUCUCCUCCACAACAAACCCCUCCACCUCCUCCUACAUCCACCUAUAAAAGGAGAAUCCGGUCUAAAUCAACCCGACCCAUGGCAUCUGCACCACCUCCCACAAAAUGCAAGGACCCUCCUGCUACUCCACUUUCUGAGCCUACACCCAAAAACCCCAGAACUUCGGCUUCCACACGACAAUGGGUCAGUGCUUCUACCUCUACCCCACAAGCCAAAUCUCCCUCCUCUAGCAAGAAGCAACCUUCAGCAGCGGCAACACAGGGUUCCAUAUACAGGCAUAGAGGUAGCAAAUAA